AUGUCAUUACUUUUAGAUCAACUCUUCUGGCUACAUUGUCAUUUCUAUGAAGUUUUCAGUUUACGUCUAUUAUCUUCUAACCAUAUAAAUGCGCAUUUAAUGUCGUCAGUCAGAGAAUUAAAAGAAUCACCAGUAGCCUCAGCUCAAGCAUAUGUCUUACAGUUUAACCCUGAAGACCGAGUAUGGUUACCUAGCGGUGGGACGCGCACACUUUCAUGGGUUCAAAUUUUACAACAAAAAGGUUUGGAUGCUUAUCGUAUAGUAGGCUGGCGUCAACCAGAUAACCAGGUUGUAGUUAAUUCAGUGUUAAAAUCUGGACUUGAAUAUCAAAUACAUGGUCAAUUUCAUGAAUGGCGUGAUCCAAUCACAUCUAGAGUGUAUGGAUUACAUUUUCCGGAACAAGAUGAUGCGUCAAGGUUUUUAAAAACAAUCAAUUUCACUCUGAAUCGACUGUCAAAUCCUGACAGUAAAAAUGCAUUGGAUGUUGAAAAUAUAAACAUAAAUUCACAGUCAUGUGAAUAUGCACAACCGUUUAUUUCUAAUACAUUGGAUUCAUCCAACAAUCAUACAACUACAACUACAAUAAUGACUUCUAAUACAACGACGAUGACAACAACGACAACUAAAGGUUGUAGCAUAAUUAUCCAACAAAUCAAUGGUGACACUGGUGAAAUCAAUGCCAAUGGACAAAUAGAGAAUAAUAAAACUAAUUUACCAAAACAACCAAAACCUAAUGAACUGAUAAAUUAUAAUUAUCCAGAUCAUGUUAAUCAAUCGAAUGAAAUCAAUAAACUGAUCACUAGUGAUGAUAAUAAUAAUUGUGGUAGUAAUAAAGAUGUGAAUACACUUGAAACACAUCGUCGUCAAUUAUCUUCAGCAUCAUCCAUUAGUUUAGGUUAUGCUACAGGUCCUGGAACAUCUGCAGCUCCUUCUUCGGCCUCAUCAUCAUCGGCUGGCUAUGGUUAUGGUUAUGGUUAUGCUGGUUCAGGAAGUUUAGCCAGUUAUGCAAGUACUAGUAGUAGUGGAAGCAGUAUUGGUAAUGGUCCAACAAUGAUUGGUAAUUAUUUAGGAACAAUACAUCGUCUUGGUAGUCAACAUUUAAAGAAUCCACCUUUAACUGGAGAAUCUAUCAUCAACAACAACAACAACUGGUUAGGUUUGAAUUCUCAAGUUUCUCAUGAACCAAUUGAUCAUUCAACUAUUAUUAUUAAUACAAUGAAUACAAACAGUUCAAAUUCACCAUCAACAAUAACAUCUUCAAUUCCAGCUAAUAAUAACGAUGAAGAAUUAACUAAACAAUCUGAAUCAUCUGGUUUAGCUGCUAUGCUACAAGAAGCGAUUGCUGCACGUAAUCGCAGUAAACGCAAUCCUCCUGGUGAUGAUCAUUCAACCGAAACCAGUGUUCAUUCUUCAACUUCUACUGUUGUUAAUAAUAAUAGUAAUCCGAUGAUUUCAACUGCAAAACCUCCACCACCGCCGCCGCCUCCACCCCCGCCCAUAUUGUCAUCAGUUACUCAAUUAGACAGUAGCAACAAGAACAGCACAAUGAAACGUACCGAUUCAGCACAGCAAUUAAGAAAAAAUUCUAUUGAUCAAAAAUCUUCCAUGCUAGCUGAAAUUCAACGUCGUAUACAAGCUAGACGACAAUUGAUCGAUGCCGCUGAAGGAGAACAAGAAUGUAGUCUUAGUAAAAAAGAUCAUCAUUUAGAAUUAUCUGCAUCUUCCUGUGUGAAUUCUGAAAAGAAUACCGGUGGUUCAUUGACUAAUAAUUCAUCAGUAGACUCAUCAUUAAAUAGCCGAAGCGUAAAUAAUAAUACACCUAAUCAUUGUUCUACACCAUCAAAUAUAAUCAAUUCUGAUUUAUCAUUUACUCGAUCAGAAUUGGAUAAUUUACGUCGUGAAAUUAUUAUUGAACUGCGUAAAGAAGUUCAAUUGGCAAAAAAUGAAAUUAUGGAUUGUAUCAAAUUGUAUAAAGCUGUUUAA